CGCGGGCGUGCGGCCGCAGCUUCCUGCGGGAGAGGGCAGGGAAGACCGGAUGGCGUCUUUUAAACUGAAACCCUGCCUUCGUUUUCGGGCGGGAUGGCGCUCCCCUCCCCCAUCCCGAAGGCAGUUCCAUCCCCUGUGGAGGAUGCCUCCACCCUGGCUCGCCUCGGCCCCCCGCUGUUUUUUUCCGAAAGGCAUUUUUUUUACCAUCUGUGAAAACUUCCUGUAAUUCAUUUUUCCUCACUCCAGUAUUAAGAAUUAUACCAAAUUAAAAAGAUAUGAAUGAAUAUCCUAAAAAAAGAAAAAGGAAGACUUUACACCCUUCUCGUUAUUCAGAUUCCUCUGGAAUAAGCAGAAUUGCAGAUGGAUUCAAUGGCAUUUUUUCUGAUCAUUGUUAUAGUGUUUGUUCUAUGAGACAACCAGACUUAAAAUAUUUUGACAACAAAGAUGAUGAUUCUGAUACAGAGACAUCAAAUGACUUGCCAAAAUUUACAGAUGGAAUCAAGGCCAGAAACAGAAAUCAAAACUACCUGGUUCCCAGUCCUGUACUUAGAAUUCUAGAUCACACUGCCUUUUCUACAGAAAAAUCUGCUGAUAUUGAAAUUUGUGAUGAAGAGUGCGACUCCCCUGAAUCAGUCAACCAGCAAACUCAAGAGGAGAGCCCUAUAGAAGUUCACACUGCUGAAGAUGUUCCAAUUGCUGCGGAAGUGCAUGCAAUUUCUGAAGAUUAUGAUAUAGAGACAGAAAACAAUUCCUCUGAGAGUCUCCAAGACCAAACUGAUGAAGAGCCACCAGCUAAACUUUGCAAAAUUCUUGACAAGAGCCAAGCUUUUAAUGUGACUGCCCAGCAGAAAUGGCCUUUACUGAGAGCUAAUAGCAGUGGCCUCUAUAAAUGUGAACUUUGUGAGUUCAACAGCAAAUAUUUUUCUGAUUUAAAGCAGCAUAUGAUCUUGAAGCAUAAGCGUACUGAUUCAAAUGUCUGUCGAGUAUGCAAAGAAAGUUUCUCUACCAACAUGCUCCUGAUCGAACAUGCCAAACUGCAUGAAGAGGAUCCCUACAUUUGUAAAUACUGUGAUUAUAAGACAGUAAUUUUUGAGAACCUCAGCCAGCACAUUGCAGACACCCAUUUUAGUGAUCACCUUUAUUGGUGUGAGCAGUGUGAUGUACAGUUCUCCUCAAGCAGUGAACUCUACCUACAUUUCCAGGAGCACAGCUGUGAUGAACAGUACUUGUGUCAGUUCUGUGAACAUGAAACGAAUGAUCCAGAAGACUUGCAUAGCCACGUGGUAAAUGAGCAUGCAUGUAAAUUAAUAGAGUUAAGUGAUAAGUAUAACAAUGGAGAACAUGGACAGUACAGCCUCUUAAGCAAAAUUACAUUUGACAAAUGUAAAAACUUCUUUGUAUGUCAAGUAUGUGGGUUUCGGAGUAGACUUCAUACAAAUGUUAACAGGCAUGUUGCUAUUGAACAUACUAAAAUUUUUCCUCAUGUUUGUGAUGACUGUGGGAAAGGCUUUUCAAGCAUGCUAGAAUAUUGCAAACAUUUAAAUUCACAUUUAUCUGAAGGGAUUUAUUUAUGUCAAUAUUGUGAAUAUUCAACAGGACAGAUUGAAGAUCUUAAAAUUCAUCUAGAUUUCAAGCAUUCGGCUGAUUUACCUCAUAAAUGUAGUGACUGCUUAAUGAGGUUUGGAAAUGAAAGGGAAUUAAUAAGUCACCUUCCAGUCCAUGAGACAACUUGAUUGUUCUCUUUAACUUCCAUAAUGUUGAUGUAAAAUAAUAAAGUUGACUUUUUUGCAGAUGUUAAAAUGGAUGAUUUUAAACACAACUUAUGAGAACUGUCUUUAACAAGAUCUUUUUAAAUUUUUUUUCUUGGCAUUGCUACCUUUUUCAGUAUAUAAUUGUAUCCUAAAUGUGGUAUUUUCAAUGUAUUGUAGUUGGUAGUUUUAACCGCUUUUGGUGACUAUCGUCGUCUGGCAUGUUCUCUGAUUUCAUAAAUCGAUAAGAAACAGAUGUACUGAAGAAAUUAGACUAUAGUUUUCCUUCCGUAAACAUAGGUGCUGUAAACUUUUUCUUCUUUAAACUCAAAACAAGAUCAGUUUUUCAUGUAUGAAGUCGUUAAAGUACUGUACUACCAGAACUAAAGUGCAACAUAAUAUGCACCUAAGUCCAGUGAUACUCCCAUUAAUAAGAUCCAGACCCUCCUUUUGCAUUCCCCAACAAUUAUUAUCCCCAAGGCAAUCAGUGAACUCCCCAUCUGUGUGAUUCUUUCAGUGACGCUAGGAGGCCAGCGUUAUGGUAAGAAGGAGAGAUCUGGUUUUCUUGGCAGUCUUUUUUUAAUUCUCACUCUAUUUUAACCCCAUCUGUGUGCUAAAUAAUUUUAAAUGGGGAGAAAGUGGUAAGGGGUUCGACAAUAAAGUAACAUUUCAUAAUUCAUUUAUAAAUGAAUAAACAGGUUAUUUAUAAUCUGUUCACAUUUCAUUUAGAGUUAUGCAACUGCAAAGUCAUGCCCGAACUUCUGAUAUCAAAUCAUUUUCUGAGAAAACCCUCUGAAGUAUUAAAAUAGAAAUAGGAAGAUGUGGGAGAUAGGGGUUGCUGUAUGAAAAUGUAUAGAUUACUUUUGAUAGUGGUAAAUCAAUCUGUAUUAGUUUCCUGUGGCUACCAUAACAAAUUAUCACAAACUGAGUGGCUUAAACAAUAGAAAUUUAUUGCCUCACAGUUCUAGAGGCUAGAAAUUCAAAAUUGAAAUAUUAGCAUAGUUGAUUCCUUCUGAGAGCUGUGAGAGAAGGAUCUGUUCCCCGCUGCUCUCCUUGGCUUGUACGUGGCUAUCUUCAUGUUCACAUCAUCUUCUCCCUGAGUGCAAGUCUGUUUCCAACUUUGACCCUUUUACAAGGAACCAGCCAGUAACUGGAUUAGGGCCCACGCUGAUAACCUCAUUUUAACUUGAUAAAGACACUAUACCCAAAUAAGUUCAUAUUUUGAUGUACUGGGGCCCAGGACUUCAACAUAUGAACUGAGGGGAGUGAGGGAGAGGCACAACUACAAUUCAGUAACAGCUUUUUAUAGUAUCAAGGAGAUAGCAUUUUGUGCAUCAUUGACCUCAAAUAUAAUAAACACUGUCACUAACUAUAUUGUCAUUCAGAAAUAUUGAUGUAGUUGAAAAGACUGAUUUAUGACCCACAGUGUUUUUUUUUACUUCAAGACCCAUGGGAAUUGAGUCUGUUUUGAGAAUGGUGGCAGCAACAAGUUUUUCAAAACCAAUCAUUUUUAUUUCCACCAUUUUGUUAUAUAUGCAUACCUGUAUUCCUAAAAACUACCAUUCUAUCUGAUUAUCACAUUCCAGGUAGAGCUGUCUGAUGUAAAUAUUUCUUAGAAGAUUUAAAAUUAUAAUGAAAUUGUAAGAAAACAUUAGAAACGAUCUGGUCUACACCCUCUAGGUUUCUAAGUUUCUUACAGAAACAGAAACUUAGGGUUAUUAUUAGGCCAGGGUCCCAAAACCAGUUAUAGCAGACAGGAGUGGAAUCCAAGUUAUUUGGCUUCCAGUGUAGUUAUGUUUCCAUUACACCAUGUUACAUAAAAAUCUAAGAUUUGUCCUUGGGAUGUUUUUCAUAACUACGUAACCUAGCCAUUCAACUACCUUCUUGGUAAUUCUGUCUAUAAUUUUUUAAUAUACAUCCAGCUUCAGGAAUUUGAUUUUCAGGAAACAAACCUUAAAUAAAUAAUGCCUGGGUUUUUUUUUUAAUUGUGUAUUUUACAGCUUUACUUUUGAUCAGGUGUUAGUAAUCAAAUUAGAGAUUGUAAUGCAACUACUCCAGAGGUAUUAAAUCCAAGUUUUAGAACCAUAUAAUUUAGUGCUUUUUUGCUGAAUCUGCAGCUUGAGGCCACAUCUCACUGACAGUUUGUCCAAUAAAACCUUUUUGCUUUGACUCAGCUUUCAAAUAAGCCUAUGACUGACCAUAAAUUGCUGAGGUAGCAAGUCUAUAUUUUUAGCUAAAUGAACUUCUUUGGAAAAACAAACCUACUUAAAAAGAAAAUUUUCUAAUUGCUUCUAGAUUUUUUCUGUGCAAAGACAGACAUUUCCACUGUACUCUUGUGACUCGAGAAUACGUAACAGAUGGUGAUGUUUAUUAGCACUACAAUAGAAUUCUUGGCAGUAGUGAACAGUAGUGAUCUUUUUUUUUCAUCUUCACUUUGCAGUUCAUGUUAUUUGAAAAUGAUUGUGUGGUACUCAAAAGCUUGUAAAUUUGUAAAUUUCCUGCUUGUGAACUUGCCAGUUUUACCAUUUUAAAUCACCUUUCUCA